AUGAACAAUCGAAGGUUGCUCAGAUUUACCGGAUCAUUUCAUCCAUCCGGAUUUUGGAUAUUGUUUAUAGGUCAAACUAUUGACGCUGCCGCGCAAGUGUUUAUCCUUGGCGUACCGCCCAAGUUGGUGAGUGUGUGGUUUUCUAUGGGGCAACAGAAUCUGGCAAUUUCUGUUGGUAUUAUGGCAAAUAACGCUGGUGUUGCUGCUGGGUUUCUGUUGUUCACCAUGGAUGAUAAAAGAGAAAACAGCCGAUACUGA